AUGGUCAAGUUUACCAUCGUUCCCUUUUUCCUCAUUCUUAGUGGUGUUGUUAGCGCAUCCCCCACUCCUGCAAAAGUUGGGGGAAAUGGUCAAUAUAUUCUAUUCAAUAACCUCUGGGGGAAAGAUCAACCCGGUACCUCUGGCUCGCAGACCACCGAAGCGCUCUCUUACAGCGGAACCACUAUCAGCUGGAAAACACAGUACUCGUGGAGCGGCAAUCCAAAUGAUGUAAAGAGCUACGCGAACGUUGCUCUAUUGAAAGGACUGGGCAGGCAGCUUUCAGCCAUCAAGACAAUCCCCACCACCUGGAGGUGGACUUAUUCUGCAGCCGCCAGCGACCUUGUUGCCAAUGUCUCCUAUGAUCUCUGGCUCAGUAAUAUCCCCAACGGGACGGCAGCCAGCACAACUAGCACGUAUGAGAUCAUGAUCUGGCUGAGUAAUCGCCGCGCUGGACCUGCAGGCUCCCAGGUCGCUACUGCCAACAUUGGAGGCCAGAACUGGGCAGUAUUCAAGGGUAGAGUUCAGACUUGGGAUGUCUACUCGUUUGUUGCUUCGAGCGAGUUGACCAACUACAAUGCCGAUUUAAAACCAUUCUUCACCUACUUGAGCUCAUCUCACGGCGUGAGCUUGAGUCAAUACCUGGUUGCUCUUCAGGCUGGUACAGAACCCUUCCAGAAAUCAGGCACUUUGACUACGACUAGCUACACCGCCGCGGUUAACUAG